CAGGCUCCGCACGCCUCCUAGAGCAGGGCAAGGCGGCCCUCCCUCCCCAGUGCGUGCCGUGCGGCCGCUGGAGGUAAUGCAGACCGCCGCGGGCUCCGGGCCUAGCGCUGUGUGAUGAGUGGCAGGUUAAUGCCUCCACAGGAUGGAUGAAGCCUGUGAGCUAGACAGGCUGUCUAAUGCCCCAGUGUAUUUCAACUCAUUGGACCUGAAUGUCCAGAACAAAUGUCCAGUGGGUGACAGGAGUGUCUUGGAUCCACCAAAUGGGUGCAGUGUGCCACUAGCCUCACCCUUGCAGAGCUGCACAUCAGGUUAUGGGCAAGAUCCCUCCUCCCACUACAUUCCUCUUCGAAAAUUACAGGAUCUUGCCUCUAUGAUAAGCAUGGAUGGUAUUAAUGGAUCCCAAGACUCAGAGGGAAACAGAUCAGAAGGAAAUCCUCCACCUUUUUAUUAUAGUCAAGGUGAGCCAGCAAUGCAUCUCACCGGACAACAAUCUGCACAUCGCUAUCUUCCAGAACCUCCUGUAAAGUUGCCUAAAAAUGUAAGAAAUGGAAUGCACUCUUUUGAUCAGUUUUGCCACCUAGGAAUGGAGGAGGUAGAAUAUGGUAUGGAACAUUUAAACUAUGAGCUAGAUGGACCUGGUUUUGGGAUGGACUUGCCUGUUUAUGGACAACAACCCUCUGUGGCAGAUAAUAUGCAUAUAGGGGAAACAAGAUCCAAACUUAACACUGCAUCUGACUUUGUGUCAGACUUAGGCAAUUUGGUUCCUCUGAAUUGGGGUGAUGAUGGUGACAGUACAGUAGGCAACAGAAGUAUGGAAACAAAAACAUCUUUUUUAGCAAUGAUCCAGGAUCCAGAAAUACCGAAUAGCUCGCACAUUCACAACUCUUCUAUUAGCAUUCUGGAAAGAGCUCCAUCACUCAGUGGUGUUUCACAAGUGGAUAACAGAUUAAGUGGUCAUCGUACUCUCAACUUGGUACACAAAGAGGAAGAAUCAGUGUCGGUGGAUGAGGAUCUGGUUAAUAUGGAAGCAAAUGCUGGAGGGCCUCCUGAUGCAUCACAAUUACCUCGUCAGAAACGGAAAAAGAAAACUCCUCCAGUAAGGCAUGAGGAAGGAGAUGUUGUCUGGGCCAAAUUCAACCGUCGUCCAUGGUGGCCAUGCAGGAUCUGUGCCAGUCCGGUUCAGGAAGGGCAGCCCCCCAAAAAUGAUGCAAGUGGCAAGAAGGCUCCUCGACAGUAUUACGUGGAGACUUUGGGGGAACUAACAGAAAAGAUAUGGGUGCCUGCAAGAGCCGUUGUGCAGUUUAUAGGUGUACAACAGUUUGCAGAAUUGCCAGACUUGCGUCGACCUCAAAAACAAAGGGAAAGGCCUGUCAAAAAAGAGGUACCUUCAAAGCUGUUACCACUCUGGCAGACAGGUAUAGCUCGUGCCCAAGAAUAUAUUUCCAAGGGCUGUUGGAGAUCUGCUCAGUGUGGAAACUUUGGACAGAAUGAAGUCCAAAUAAACCAACAUUCAAAAUAUGGUGUGAAGGAAUCCAAUGGAACAGCAAGCAGUGUCUUGAAUGGUUGUGUGAAUUCUCUGCAUAACUCUGAUCUGCCAUCUUUUACUAAAUUAAAAUCUGUGAGUAAAAAGGCAAGCAAGCAUUCUAGGCCAAGUAAAAAACGUACGUCUAAGAGUGUUCGUGUUUCAGACGACGAAGUUGUAUCUCGGGGCUCUGUCUCUCCUGAAUUUUGGAGCAAUGAAAUAAAGGAUGUCAACACUGCAAUGGCACCAUCCCAGAGGGAACAUGAUGCCAUAAGUGAAGAACUGAAUGAGCCUUUUGGCAUUAAUAAGGAGUCAUCCCACAGCACACCUAUUGCAGAUUUGCUUUCCAGUCUUUCUUCUGAAGAAUGGGACAAAAAUGCUGGUGAUGAGGAUUAUCAUGUGACUUUAGAGCAGAGAAAAACUCAAUGUGAUAAUGAGCAGAUGGAUUCUCAAACUGGUCCUUUAAAGUCUGUUUUGUCCUUUGUUAAAGAAAGGCUUCCAAAAAAGCCUAGAAAACAAUGUGGCAGUUCUCAAGGAAAUGUAUCUAUGAGUGUAUGUAAGAAAAAGAAACGGUCAAGAAAUCUCACCAAAUCCCGUCCCUUAAGCUCUAGCAAGAGACGUGCUAAAUCUGAAGCAACUUCUCAAGGUAGCAGCAAAGAUGUGGCAUUGCCUAGUGAGGAUGUACUUUGUUCCGAUAGCAACAUUAGAGACAUUUCAAGUGUACAUAGUAGUGACAAUGCACUAUGUAAUGAACGCAGUUCAGAAGAACAAAGUUUCUCCCUAUCCGGUUCAUGUGGCAAGCUUCAAAAUGCUUCUAGCCCUGGUCAAAAAUAUGUAGAUAAUGAGACCAUUUCAUUGCACAUUGAAGACAAAGCUUCUAUAAAGAGUGAACAUUCUUCUGAAAGUCAUAAAUUCAAAAACUGCGUUAUUGAUUCCAAAACCAUUCAUAGGUCUCCAAAGCUACUUCCCAGUAAAAUUGAAAAAAAGAAAUUGUUAAAUAAUGCACAUGAAAAGCCCCGUAAGUCUAGAGAGAUGGAAUCAUCUGCAGUAAAAAAUGUUAUUUGUGGACUCAAAGAACUUACUAGUAGGGCAUCCAGUAAGAAAAAAAACGAAAGCAAGUCUUCAGACGUGUCCGAUCAGUUUCAAUCUCCUCCAGAACAGAGUAGAAUAAAAAUGGCACCAGAUUAUAAAUUCAGCAGUUUAUUGAUGAUGUUGAAAGACAUGCAUGAUACGAAGACAAAGGAAAAUCACCUGAUGACAGGCCAAAGUACAUCAUCGUUCAGUAGCCCAACACACGAAGACUCCUCUGAAUGCACACCAAAUGCUACCAGCAAGCAUUCACCCUCUAGUGGUGGUCUGCAGACAUCUGAAAAUGAAGAAGAUUACCAUGUCAGUGCCAUUAAGAAUGAAGUUUCCUUCUGUCAGAUGGGAACACAAAAGUCCAAUUGCUCCACAAACGUUUCAAAAGAAACCAAUAUUCCUAAUAAUGCUGACCUAAAAGAUGAAACUCAAACACCUACUCGUAAGAGCACAAAAUUUGUAAAACCCAGCAUUUUACAGAAGAGGCGAAUUUCAGAGACAGAAAACGUAAAUACUAGUGAGAGCCUUUCUUCUCCACAUAAGGGCACUGUGAUUUCUCCAGGGUGCAUAAACAGGAAGCCGGUGGAUGUUAGUCCACCGCCUCAUGAAGACAAACUAAUAAAAGAUCAUUUAGGGAAUCCAUCAUGUGAUACUGUUGCAUACUCACCUGCUGAGUCACCUGAGGCGCGCAAAGCACUGUUUCAGCAGCACAGUAGCAGUGACAUGCUUGCAAGCUACAAUGAAGAUUGUGUGCAAGAAUCAGAAUUAAGCAAUGAGUUGUCUGUGUGGGAUGAAUCAGAAGAUAUGAAUUGUGUUGCACCCAAAAAGCGUUGGAAAAAAUUUAAUCAACAAGAACCAGAAAAUAGCUUAAAUAGUUCAUCUAGCAAAGUCUGUCAAGUGGCUAAAUUUAACACCUCUGCUCAGGGAGUGGAAGUGUCUGAACAAGGGGAGAUCAAUGUGACACCUCCAGAAACUGAAUGCUCAGCAGUGCAGGCAAAGCCUCCAAGGAGAGGAACAAAUUUGGGCAAGAAAUGCCGAAGGAAGCCAAGGCAGAGAUUUGGGAAGCAUGCCAAUGAUCGUGUGAAAUCCAGAGGCCCCAGAAAACGACCUCGCAAGCAGAUGGGUGACUCUCUGCAGUCUGAUGUCUGUGAGCAGAAAAAAGCAAAGACAGAUCAACAAUUUGAGUAUGAGGACGGGGCUAUUGCUUCAUCUUCAUCUGUGGUACUGUCUGAACCAUGUUCAGGUAAAAUUACCUCUCAGAAACCAGCAGCCAAUGAUCCGUCUGAUGUGAAGAAUAAUCCUCCCUCCAGUACUAAUUUGGGUAAAUCCGAGUCAAAUAAUGUAACAGAAGAAUCUCCAGAGCCCAAACCAGGUGGAAAUAGACGUAAAAGCAAACUUAUUCCAAGAGUUUGUGAGUUUGAUGACCUUGAAUCUCAACUUGGUUUUGAUGAGGAGGAAUCCUUGCCACCAGUAGCUAAGAUUUCAGAUCCUGUUCCUUACAAGAAAAAUCCCCUGAAGCGUUUCAGGUUCAGAGGAGGAUCCAAAAGGUUGUCCGAGAAUCGCAGGAAACGUAAGCGUUUGAGGCUGCCGGGCAAAUUCCAGAAGAAACGUGUGGUUUCCCGUGAAGCUCUGUGUUCCGAGAUGGAGCUGCAGGAGAAUGGUGUGACAAGCCCCAGUGACACAGCAGAUGAUGGACAAGAACAUGAGCAUGGGGGUCCCUUAUCAAAGAAGAUCUCAUCUGAGCGUGGCGGGGGAGCUGCUAUGAAGGAGAAUGUGUGUCAGGUAUGUGAGAAGCCAGGGGAGCUCCUGCUCUGUGAGUCACAGUGCUGUGGUGCAUUUCACUUGGAGUGCCUUGGCAUGGACUCCAUGCCGGAGGGAAAGUUCAUCUGUCGAGAGUGCUCUUCAGUGUCUUUAUCUCUCAAUUCAGGCGUCCACACCUGCUUUGUGUGCAAGGCCUCUGAUCAGACAGUGAAACGAUGCCUGGUCUCCCUGUGUGGAAAGUAUUAUCAUGAAAAAUGUGCUAUUAAAUACCCUCCGACAAUUCAGCAUAAUAAAGGUGUCCGCUGCUCUCUGCACAUCUGCAUGACUUGCCAUGCCACCAACCCCAGCAACCCAUCUGCCUCUAAAGGCCGCCUGAUGAGAUGUGUGCGCUGUCCAGUUGCAUAUCAUGCCAAUGAUUUUUGCAUGGCAGCAGGGACCGUUACGUUGGCAUCUAACAGUAUUAUUUGCCCUAACCACUUCACGCCUCGUCGUGGCUGUAAGAACCAUGAACACGUCAACGUCAGCUGGUGUUUUGUGUGCUCUGAAGGAGGAAGCCUUUUGUGCUGUGAAUCCUGCCCUGCUGCUUUUCACCGUGAAUGUCUUAACAUUAACAUGCCCGAGGGCAGCUGGUUCUGCAACGACUGUAAAGCUGGGAAGAAGCCUCAUUACAAGGAGGUUGUGUGGGUGAAGGUGGGGAGAUACAGGUGGUGGCCAGCUGAGGUCUGUCACCCCAAGAACAUUCCUGUGAACAUUCAGAAGAUGAAACAUGACAUCGGCGAGUUCCCUGUGCUAUUUUUUGGCUCUAAUGACUAUUUGUGGACCCAUCAGGCAAGAGUCUUCCCAUAUAUGGAGGGAGAUGCCCUAAACAAAGACAAAAUGAGUAAAGGAGUGGAUGCCACAUAUAAGAAAGGUCUAAUGGAGGCAGCAGACAGAUUUGAAGAACUCAAAGCGCAGAAAGAAAUUAGACAACUGCAGGAAGAAAAGAAAAAUGAUAAGAAACCUCCACCAUAUAAACACAUUAAGGUCAACAGACCUAUUGGUAAGGUGCAGAUCUUCACAGCAGACCUGUCCGAAAUCCCACGUUGCAACUGCAAAGCAUCUGAUGAAAACCCAUGUGGCCAGGACUCUGAGUGCAUUAACCGUAUGCUACUGUAUGAAUGCCAUCCACAAGUCUGUCCAGCUGGAGAGCGCUGUCAGAACCAGGCCUUUUCUAAACGCCAGUACCCAGAGGUGGAGAUCUUCCGAACACUAAGCAGAGGCUGGGGGUUACGCUGCAAAUCUGACAUUAAAAAGGGUGAGUUUGUCAAUGAGUAUGUGGGUGAAAUGAUUGAUGAGGAAGAGUGUCGCGCUCGGAUUCGUUAUGCCCAGGAACAAGAUAUCACAAAUUUCUAUAUGCUUACACUGGACAAGGACCGGGUAAUUGAUGCAGGGCCAAAAGGUAAUUUUGCACGAUUUAUGAAUCACUGUUGCCAGCCCAACUGUGAGACUCAGAAAUGGACUGUGAAUGGUGAUACUCGUGUUGGGCUCUUUGCCCUCUGUGACAUCAAAGCUGGCACUGAACUAACAUUCAACUACAACUUGGAGUGUCUUGGCAACGGGAAGACCGUUUGUAAAUGUGGUGCUCCUAACUGUAGUGGCUUUCUCGGCGUGAGACCCAAGAAUCAGCCAAUCGUUUCAGAGGACAGAGCGAGAAAGAAGAAGUAUAGAAAACGCAAGGCACGCGAAUUGGUGAAAGAGCACGAAGAUGAAUGUUUCAGUUGUGGAGAUGGGGGUCAGCUUGUGUCUUGCAAAAGGCCAGGGUGCCCAAAAGUGUUCCAUGCAGACUGUUUAAGUCUAACUCGGAGGCCUGCUGGUAAAUGGGAGUGCCCAUGGCAUCAGUGUGACGUCUGUAGGAAGGAGGCAGCUUCUUUCUGUGAGAUGUGUCCAAGUUCCUUCUGUAAGCAGCACCGCGAGGGCAUGCUCUUCAUCUCCAAACUUGAUGGACGAUUAUCUUGCACUGAGCACGAUCCAUGUGGGCCUCAUCCCUUAGAACCUGGAGAAAUUCGAGAAUAUGAGAACUCCUCUAGUGAGCAGUGUGAUUCUGCAGGUCCUUCCCCAAAGAAAGAAACUGUGGACAAUGCAAAAGAAAACACAGAUUCUCACAAGUCAAAUCCUUCGUUAAAAAAAGUGCUGCUACCUCCAACAGUGUCCAGCACCUCAGGGUCUGGGAAAGUUGUCCUGGCUCUUGGUACAAACGCUAAAACUACUGGGAAGGCGAUUUUGGGCUCCUCUGAGCAGAAAUCUGUGCCAGCUGGAAAAAUAAUUCUUGGAUCUGGUCAGAAUUCUGUAGCUGGUAAGAAGUUAUUUCUGGCCUCUACUGGUCAAAAGUCUUUGCCUUCUGGGAAAGUACUCUUGACUACUCUGGGGAAAAAAUCCCUAUCUUCUGGAAAGGUUUUGUUAGCUUCUUUUGGUAAAAACCAUCUGCCUGCUGGGAAGGUAAUGUUGGCACCUGUUCGUAAGAACUCUUUACCUUUUGGUAGGGUGCUUCUAUCCUCUUCAGGAAAGCAGCUUUUGUCAAAUGGAAAAAUUGUUUUGUCAUCAUCUGAAAAGCACCAAUCAACAGCUGGGGAGGUAAUGUUGACCUCGACUGUAAAGCAGCAGACUUUGGGUGGAAAAACCUUGCUAUCUGAUGAAAGCAAAACCCAAAGCAAGUGUGAGUCUGCUGCUUCCUCGACUCUUCAGUUAACCAAAACACCACGGUCUCUUGCCCCAGUAAAUAAUAUAAAUAAACCUUCUUUACUGAGAUCAUUGACUAAAAAAAAAAGCCAGAAACAAGGGCCAGGCUCCACAUCUUCAAAAGAAAGACUAGUAAAUGCUAAAGGUAAACCUUCAAAUAUAGAUGCAAGGGAUUGUCCUAAAACCUUGCUCAACAAAUCAUCCACUCUAACAUCUCAAGAACCUUCAAAAGCACUCAAGGCAAGAUCAACCACAAAGGAGAAGCUACUCUCAGUAAGCCCAUUAGAGGAACCUGUAAAUUCUAUACAGAAAUCUUCAAAUAUAAUCCAAAGAGAGCAUCCUAAGAUCCCUAACGAGUCUGUGUCCAUGCCAGAAACAUCUUCCACCCACAAAGCAAAAGACCAGCCUGUAGGUCCUGCAGAAGAGUCUCCUCUUUCUACCCCCACAGAGAUACCUACUAGCCCUGUAGAACAUUCAGUCCCCUCUGUUUCAGAAAAAGACCCACCUAUUUUACUUGGACAGAACAUUUCUUCUAGUUGCCAGCCUUCAGCCCUUCCCAGACCAUUACAGGAAUCUGCCUGCUUUGCCACUCUUGAAGAAAAUAAAUGAAGGAUGGAGUGUGGAGCAGAAGGAGAAAAGACUAUGCUGAACCAAGGGAGAUAUGUUAUAUUUGGAAUACACGAGUAUUGUAUGGGAACGGCUGUAACAUUUUUACACUAUAAAGAAAAUCCUCUGCAGAGCUAAAUGUCAAAAUCGCAUAUGGGCAAACUAUCUCCCUUGCCCCCACCCCCUCACCUCAGAUGUCACUAGCCUUUUGCAGUCAAGGCUUGCUGUCACCGAGCCCCUAACAUCCAAUGCGUUUUUAGUAAACUGUGUUGAUGUGGAUGCAGGGGUUGUUCACUCAGUGAUGGAAGACAAUGCUCUUAACAAGGAGUCACUAUUCAGAAGCAAUAAGGCACUUCAGUCAGCAUAUUAUGGUCAGCAGAUUCUUGUAACACUGGGUUUAGUGACUAAUAUAAUAGAGAGGUGCCUUAUUACAAUGAAGUGUAGUAAUAUGUGAACGCUUUGGGGAGCUUUAAACUUGAGUGCCAGGGGGUGAGCACUAUUGGUCACUGUUCUGUCACUAAAAUGGCUUUCCAACGAAUCUUGAAAGGCGUGUGAGAGAAUGAUGAUGCCGAGCUACUUUUAUUGAAGAUGACACAAAAUUAAUUCUACUAGUUUUUAGUUUGUUUUGUUUAUUCUUGCUAAAAAAAAACAAAAAGCUAGUGAGGCAUCUAGUAAAAAUCAUGUCUCCACAGCUUACCUGUCAAUGCCAAACUAAAACUUUCAUUCCUAAGUCAGUUGAGGACAAUGUCUGCAGUAUUAGGCCCUGAUAGGACUUCCUGAAUUGCAUCAAACAACCUGUCAACAACACAGACUUUUCUGCCACCAUCACUGCUUGGUGACUUCUGUCCAAAAGGCUGUGAGCUGUGUUUGUGUUUAGGAAAUCAAGGACUGACUCACUGUGUGAGUCUAACAUUGGAGCAUAAAACACUUUCAUUGACAAACUGUUUUAAACUACAGAUGUUUCUUAGUAGGUGUUUUACUAUACGUGUACAGAAUGUACGCAUCACAGCCGGCACAGUUCCAGAAGAACAUUGGCUUCUGCAGAGCUCCCAAUACCUCAUGUGGAUAAAGAGGAAUAAAAGUCUGCCAUUUUAUACA